AUGUUCUUCUACAUGCCCGGCCUUGGGUGGCAGGGUUGGGUCCAGCAACCAAACGUGAACCCACAUCCACCGCCUGGAUACGCGCCUUACCCUCAGCAUGCUCCUCCACCGUACCAUCAGCCGUGCGCGCCGCAGCAAUAUACACCGCAGCAGUACGUGCCUCAGUACGCACCUCGCAAAGGUGCCGUCUACGUCGAAGGCCCCAUACCGAUUGCCAGACUCUACUCGCCGCCACCCGAGUAUGGAAGGGUGAGCCCCCCGCCGCCGCCGCUUGCACCUGCAGCCGUGCCUGAGAAGGAGAAAGAAUCGAAAGAGGAUGAAGAGAAGGAAGAGCAGCCAGCAGAGGAAGGAGGGCCUGAGCAGGAGAUUGAGGUCAAGGAGAAGAAGAAACAAGAGAGAGCGCCUGUCGCGAGACUUCCUAAGCUUGAGAAGCACACCAACUACCUUUUCGACAAGGAGCAUACCAUGGUGCACGUCUUCAACAAGGCCGCUCCUGUGUGGAUGGAGAAGUAUCGGAAAGAGCGAUUAAAGUUCAGGAUGUUCAAGGUGAGCGUCAACUUCACCGUCAAGAUGAUCAUCGAGAACGUUCUCAGGACCGCCGGCGACAGCUGCAAUGCGUGGGCGGUGUCGGAGGCUUACGAGCGAGGAGGCGGUGGCUGGGACAAGGGAAGUACUGUCCUCUACGACAGCGAGAAGGCCAAGGGUACUUUGAAGACGAUGGGUUGGUCGUGGAAGCGUGGCCAGGUGCUGCCGCCGGUCUGGUUGGUCGUGCAUAAGGUGGACUUCUAG